CCUGCAUCUGAUGCUCAGCGUUGAGCUAUUGUGUGAUAAGAAAUUUUGACUCAUGCGAAGUCUCUCAUCCACUGUCCAGUUUAGUAAAAACAUGCUUCUACAGUUGUGCCUCUGUGCUGGCCUUCUGCUGUUCCUCCCUCAGUGUACACGAACGUCGUGCACCAAUGGGACACCCAAACAGUGUAAGGAGGCAGACUUUGCUCCAGGCUCCAAUCUAGCAGGGGAAGGUUUUGACAUCACCAAAAUGGAGCGCAAAGGAGCUUUCGUGCUCAACAUGGAUGACUGGGAACGUGGUGGUAAAACAUGCACCCUGUGUGUAAACCCUUACAUGGAGAAUAAAAAGCAAAAGCUGCCUCUGUCUGUGAAGGACUGGAGGGCAAAGCAAUCCUGCAGCUCAAGGGUGUCCUCCAGCCUGCACAAAUCCAGCGAGUCUUUGGUCACAUCCUCUUCUUCCUCUGUUGAGAACAACUGGAAAAUCGGUUUAGAGUUUCAAACCAUGAAACGCAGCGCCUCGCUCAUGCUGGCUGGGACCAACUCUAAACUUUCUGAUUACUCCAUGGAAAAAACAAAGAAUGACAAGUUCAGCUUCUCAAGCCUCAGCAUGUCCUGUGAGUACUACAGCUAUGGAGUUGUCAGCUCACCCAAUAUAAGCAAGGACUUCGAGGCAGCACUGAAACAGCUUCCUCCAGCGUACAAUGCAAAGAGCAAAGAGCAGUUUUACAGGCUCAUCGACAACUUUGGCACCCAUUAUCUCAGCAAGGUGAAGUUAGGAGGAAAUGUUCAGUCGGUCACCAGCAUCCGUCAGUGUCUGGCCAGCUUACAGGGACUCAGUUCGGAGGAGGUGCAGACGUGCCUGGAGGUUGAAGCGUCUGCAAGCCUCAGGGUGACCAUUAACACAGAAUCAAGACACUGCAAGAAGGACAUAGAGAAGUCAGAGAGCAAAUCAGCAUUUUCCGACCUCUUCAAUGACAGGUUCACAGAAAUCAAAGGAGGCCAUACCACAGAGCCAGACCUUCUCUUCAGUGCUGACAAAGACCCAACAGCCUACAAGGAAUGGCUCAACACUGUUCCACAGAAUCCUGACAUCAUUUCAUAUUCCCUGAGCCCUCUGCAUCAACUACUGCCUGCUAAUAAAAAAACAUGGUCAAACCUUCGCUCAGCCAUCACCCAUUAUAUCCUAGAGAAAGGCCUGAUGAUAAACUGCACCGAGCGUUGUAGAAAAGAUCCCAGCGAUAAGUGCGUCUGCCAGUGCAAUGACCCGGCUGUAAACCAGGACUGCUGCCCAUCCCGUAGGGGCAUGGCCCAGGUAGUUAUAACAGUUCAGAGGGCUGAAGGUCUGUAUGGAGACUAUUCUACAGCCACAGAUGGCUUUGUGAAAAUCAUUUACAACCAAGUCGAGCGCACCAACGUCAUCUACAACAACAACAACCCAUACUGGAACAUGGUGCUUAAUAUGGGUCCCCAGGAUCUGUCUGUAGCAAACAAAGUGAAAUUUCAGGUCAUGGAUCAAGAUAACGGCUGGGAUGACGACCUGCUGGGAGAGUGCGAGCAGUUUCUGAAAAAUGGCAUUAAGGAGGACUUCUGUAAUCUGAACCAUGGUCGACUGUACUUCAAACUGGAAGUCAAAUGUGCUCCGAGUCUGAGAGGUGAUUCAUGCAAAGAGUAUCAGGCAACGCCCAUGGAUACAAGUCUAAAGAAGCUCUACGUGUCCCGUCAUGCCCACCCUAUUCCAAAGCCAAUGCUGCUUGAGAUGGGGGUGUUUGUGAACAAACCUUUGUAUUUUAAUCAAACUAUUAUGAGAAACACAACUCUUACUGCUAAGAAGCAAAGAUAUGAGCUUAAAUAAGGCCAAUGUUCUGCUACCAUAUCUGUUUACUGAAAUAAAAAAACGAUUCAAUAACUGGUAGUUAUAAAAAAAAAGCUGUGCCACUUUUUUUAUGGAUUUAUGGAUAUUUAGGGGAUCUUUUCGCAAAUGCUUAGGUUGGCUUAGAUGGACUUUUCCUCUUUAUAAAUGAAAUAAUACAUAUUUUUAUGCUUUUGUACCAUUCAAGAUAUCUUUACCUAACAGUAGUGCUUUUUUCAUGCUGUUAUGGACCCAGGUUUUGUGAUCUGGAUGUAUGUUGGUGUGCCUGCCCUGUUUGCUCUUCCUCUGUGGAGGUGAUGUGGAUCAAGGAAACAGGACAUAAACAAUUAUUUUCAAAGCAUCUGUCGACCUGUUUUAGCAUUAUAUCUUUCACACAUACAUAAUAUAUCCAAGCAUUCGCACACAUUCCACUGAUCCUGACAUUCCCAUCAUAUUAUAGUUUCUGUUAUU